AAGGGGAUCCAUACACCGACUAGGAGUGAAGGAGCGCAGAAGGUUAUAAAAAUAAGAGACAGAGUGUUACAUUUUCAUUUCUAGUCUAGAGGAAGAAUGGUGUUGUUUCUUUAGUGCUGUGUAAUACUGGACUUCAGCAACAAAAUGGGCAAUGAGAACAGUAGUGCAGAAAACCAGAGCAGUCCACAAGAUUCAGAAUCAGGCCAGCUUCCUGGUAAUGGGCAGGAUAUAAAAAGGAACACUCAGGAAAAGAGUGUAGAAAGAUCUGGAGGUCAAAACAUCUCAGAUCAUCUUCCUACAGUUGUGCCACUGGCUGAGAGUAUCUCCCCAUUAAAUCCAGGACCCACAAGCAUCAGUAAUGAAGGCAUCAGUAGCUACAGUGCUGAAGAUUUAUCCAAUCCAAAUUCAAGCGUGGCAUCUUCAGAGGUGACCCGACAAAGCAGUAUCUUGCAAGAACAUGGAGAACAAACUGGCUCCGACUCCUUAAAGCAGGUUGCAGAAGCAGGAGAGAACAGUCUACUUAACCCAAUGCCUUUAGUGGACUGUGCCAGAGAAUGCGUAGUAGAUCUUACAAGCAGCAAUGACAAGUUACCAACCUCAGAUUGUAAUGAAACAGUGGCAUCACCAGAUCCACUGAAUGAUAAAGCAGAAGGAGUAGCGCAUACCAUAUCCAUGGACAGAGGCCCAAAAUGUGACAAUAUUUCUGCUGCUUUUACAAAAAAUUGUGAGAGUGAUCCCAGAAACACCAGUUUGGAACCCAGCCCUCCUGCAGCAAUUACAGAAAUGCAAGGAGCUGCCGAAAUGAGUUUGAGUGAAUUAGAACCAUUCUGGCAGCAUGAACAGCAGGCCAGCAUGAGGGAGCCACAUGUCAUCAUGUUUCCCCAGGGUAAAGAAGCAGAUUAUUUUACUACUCAGGAGGCCAAGCAGGAGCUAGGAGUUUUGGAAGUAGGUCAGCUACAGAGUGUAAUGCAGCUAGGUAGACAGAACACAGAUGGUAGAGAGGGUCUGCUAAUGAAAAAGGAAACCUUAAUCCUAAAUUAUCCAGCAGCAGGAGGCUCAGACAGUGAAAAAUAUGGAGCAAUUGUGAAUGCUCAGAGUUUCAUUGAAAAGUCUGAGAUCAGUGAAGGCUGUAAUCUACAGAUGGGGGCUGUAACAACAGCUGAAGAGAAUAAGGCAGACCCAGUUCUAUCUGGAAGCAAUGGGGAGCGAUCAGAAAUUUGUACUUUAAUGUCAGAGUUGCCUUUUAACCAUCCAGAUGUCUUCCUGGCACUAAAGCCAGAAGAACCUUCAAGGGAAUACAUGCCUGGAAACGACUAUCAAGAUCCAAUGAUAAGCGAAACAGUGAAAACAGCCUCAGAAAAAAUAGAACCCACUUUUCAAAGACAGCUUCAAAAGGAAGAUGAGCUUUUUAGUUCCGAGCAUUUCAGUAUGCCUUUAUUAUUUAAGCAAGAGGAAGAGCAAAAAUUAGCUGUCACAACUGAGAGCCCGAAAGAUCAAGCCAAUAGCAACAAAAUCAUAAAAGCUGAUGGUAUGUCUAGAGAAAGCACUGCACUUCCUGAAACAGAAAACAUUAUCAGUCCCACAAAGGAAAAUUCUGUGAUAGAUGAAAGAUUACUGAAAAAAUAUGCAUUAAGUACUUCGAGCAGAUCCACAGAGCUGAAUCAAAAGGAAAGUGAUAUGAGCAUAACAGGAGAAAAAAACAAAAUUGUGACAGAGGAGGCACAAGUGAUGGAAACCAAUGAAGUACCUGAAUGGUCAACUGAGGCAGAAACAAUACUGUUGAACUCUGGUAGUAGCCACAACCAGGAUGUAAAAGAUACCCCCUUGGGACACAAUUCCAAAGAAUUCAGUUUUUUGGAAAAGACUUCCAAAGGCAACUUAAAGGAAGACACUAUGGGUAAGCAUCUGAAUUCAAACUGUAACUUUAAAUCACCUGAAGACAAUUCACACACUCUUUGUUGUAAGUCUGAAGGACAAAUGAGUAAAGAGAAAGCAGCUGCCACAGAUGACCUACAGAAUAAGAGCAACUUUCCGGUUAUGGCUUCACUGCAGCUAUCUCAGAAAGAAUACCUAUUGAAUUUUGAUUGCUUUAAUACUGAAGCAGAAGAGAAAACUUCAGGCUUGCCAGGAUCUAAUGGGACUGAAAAGGUUUGUUUAGCUGGUGCACACAAUUCACCACUCCUCCUCUCUGGGAACAAUUAUAUUACAUGGAGUAAGCAGGAUGAAUCCUGGGAACAGGCUUUUGUUAAAGAAACUACAUUAGAGUCCAAAUGCAAAACUGAAUGUCAAGAAAAGCCUGAGAGCUAUAGCAAGUCAGAAGAAAGUGCAGAGAUAUCCAAAACAGAACUUGAGCUUCAGGUCUUAAAUGAAGUGGCAGGGGCUAUGGAUUGCAUUGGUGUACAAGCUGAGAAGGCCACACAGUUUUGGGACGACAAAGAACAGAAUAGUUACUUAACUGAAGUGCCUCACAGAGAUCCAGAGCAAGUACCUGCAACUGUAACUGAACAAAGCAGUGCUGCAGAUGGUAAAGAAAACAAGGCUAUUGAACAAGAGAAGCACCAAAAUGCAGUGAAAAGUCUUAUGGAGGACAUAGUUUUGGCACUGAAAACUGAAUGCAAAUCCCAUAUGCUGCUGCAAGCUCAGCAGGAACAAAUGGCUGCAGAGAGUCACAAAAAUGUGCAGAUGGCUUGUUCAGAUACCUCAGAAGUUGUAGUAAAUACUGCAGAGUUCACUCCUCAGCAAGUUCAUGUGGAAGAAGUGGGUGAUAGCAGCAUCAGUGAAAAUAACUACUCUGAGAAAGACAAAUGCAGAUCUUCUGAGACUCCAGUAUACAGUAUCAGGGAAUUGCAAGAAAAUGCAGAUGUUCUAACUGCCCUUCCAAAUGCAGAGCAAAUGGAGAACUCUAUGUUUGUUGCUGGUGAAAGCAAUUGGAUUUUAAAUACAGGAUGCAAACAACAGAAACCUGAAAGCAGUCUGGCAAUUAUCACAAGAACAGGCGAUCAGGGACACAAAGCAAAGGCUCUAAAACCUGAGCAGUUACUAGGAUUAAGUGAUCACAGCAAUGUAACAGAAAUGUCUUUAAAUAUUUCAAAUAACCUUAAUGAAGAAUCUUUUGUGGUAGAUCCAGCACCAUUCCGAUGUGAUUCUGACAUCUCAAAAGAAAAGGACAGGGAUAAAAGUACUGUUACGACGUCAGAGGACAUGUGCAGCAGUGAACACCUGCAAAAUAUUUCUGGUGUGGUCAUGUCAAGUUUGCAAGAUUGCAACCACGAAAACAGAACUGAUCUCAAGGCAGAAAACUGCUUCAGUAAGCAAAAGUCAAACAAGCCCAAGCAGGGUAAUAAUACUUUGAUCUCAGCUACUCAGCAUGAAGAAGCAUGUCGUAGUGAUACACUUUUUAAAGACUCCAACAGGAAUGAACAGCCAGUCAGCACAUGCAGGAUUAAAGACAAUACUGGCAAAAGCAGCGCUACUGCUAUAAACUCUCUUCCAGGGACACAGAGUUCCGUAAGUGCCACUAACAUAUCGCAGGCUUUUCCAGCCGAUAGUGUAGUAACAUGUACUUGUGAUAGUUCUGAGAAAAAUGAUCCUCAUGUACCUAGUUCAGAAACUCGAGAGAAAAUGCCGUUAAUGGAAAAAACCGCAGACAUGGCAAAAAAUACAGAAAAGAUAGGGGCUCUGACUGCUAAUGAGAUAAUCACCCAGGAAGAUGAAAACAUGAAGAUAAGUUGUGAGGACAAUGCUUCUGCCACAGAAACAAACAGUGUGAAAACUUGCCCAGAGGCAGAAGGGUGUUCUUCACCUUUACAGGCACACAGGGAAGUAAUUCCCACUGAUAACUCGUAUAAAUCCAGCUGUGUUCAAAAGACACCAGGGGGGCCUGGUUAUUGUCAAGCAGAUUUUACAGCCCUUUCUUCACUGACCUCUGCGUUCAGUCAUCCUAGCCAUCAACCUGGAAACAAUAAAAACAAUGGUACUGGGGGGGAAUUGCUAAAUAACGAGCUGGCAAUUACAGCAUGCCAAACUGCCUUGGAAGGUAACUCCACUUUACAGAUUGCUACAGGUCUUCAGGCGUCUGUGCAUUUAGGUCCUUCACCUGGGUUAAGCACAGGUAAAAUAACUAAUUCAGAAAACAGCCCUGCAGGGAAUAUGGAUGUGAACAAGAAAGAUUUUCCAGACCAAAGUUUUCAGAGUGAAGGAGAGAGAAGUUUAACCCUGUCAGAGACUUCAAAUGUGGGACAGAGUACAGGAAGCUUAUCACAAUUUAAUUUUGAGAAGCUGAAAGAAGAGGUAGCUGCAAUUAAAUCUAAAGAGACAAAAAGUGAUGUAAACUUCAAAGAACAGCAAAGUGACAGUUCAUCAGAGUCUCUGUUAGCGCUCUCUACUCUAGAAGAGAAGCUGCUGAGCCUUUCAUCUAUUGGUAAACAAGAAGGCUAUAAUGAGAAAAUCGCAACCAAUAUCUGCGUAGAUGACAAGUACAGUAAGAUCUUAGAGAAAUCUGGGAAUUCAGAUAAAAUGGAAGGUGUUUUAAAGGAGAGCAGUAUUUCUCAACAGUCUGCAGAGAACUCUCUUAGAGAGCAUGAGAGUUUGACUUGCAGCGCUCCGGGCAUUGGCUCCAGCCUCCCAGACUUCAGGGAGCAUAUCAGCCAGAUAUUUAAAAAAACUGUCCACAGUGCACUGAGUACUGAAUUGCCCCAGCUUUUACCUGAAAAUCAUGCACGCUUCAAGCAGAGUCCAGUGGCCAAGGAUAUGGCAGAGCUGUGCAGUACGGAGAACUUUUCAGAAUCAAACAGGAUGGGCAAAACAAUUUCUGAGAGUACCUCAGAAGCAGAGGAGCAAGAGUUGUCUUUAGCUAUGGAGACUUCUUGCAAAACUCCCGAAGGCAAUUUUCUACAAGAAAACACAGUGACAGAGCUGCCACCAGCAAAUCUCCAGGAUACUGAGAAAAAUAGGCAGCCAGCUCACUGUUUAGAAAUGGUCCCUAGACUGGAUGGCUGUACACCUACUGAAUGCUCUCCGGAAGAUCUGCAAAAUCCAGACAAAAACGCUGGGCAUCUAGAGACCAGUGAGAUGGAAGAAAAGGAAGGCGUGCAUGCUAGUGGUGCUGAUCCUGAGUCACUAACAAGCUUAGAGAUAAAGCAAGGAUCUCCUUCAUCUGAUGGGGCAGCACCUGAGAACUUCACUGCAUAUUCUGCCCUUCAGCAGCAACCUGCUGUAACCGGUAUCUCUACAGGUGGUAUUCAGAAGAGGGAAUUAGAUGCUGCUUCUGCACAGGAAAAUAAUUUAAUUACACAGUGUAAUGCAGAAACCAUUCAAUCCAAAGAUGAUGUGAGCCUUCAUAGCAAACAGUGCCAGGAUCCUAAGCCAAAUAAACAGGAGAGAAGUGGGCACAGUGAUCCAGCCACUGCCAAGAGCAUCUCUGACAUGGCAUCUUCAACACUUGUACCAGGAGGAUUUUACAAUCAUGAAAAAUUGCCAGACAAUUUUGAUGUUUUACCUGGGGAAGAUCAGGAGACAUAUAUUCACAGCAAUUUUAUGCAUGACAUUAAGCCUCAGAAUGACAAGCAUAUGAUACAAGAUGAUCCAGUAAAUAGGAAAUCCCUGGAAACAUCGCAAAAUAUACAAGAUUCACAGCAAGAAAACAAAGUUACCAUGCAUGGGUUAAUAAAUUACUUAAAAUAUGAAGUAAGCCAGGAUGAUUCCUUGCAAACUGACUCUAAACUAGAAUCUAGCAGUAUGACUGAAGGAGCUGUGAAAGAAAAGAGUAACACAGUAUUAAGCACGGCAAAGGCAGGUAACAAAAAACCUGGAGACAUCCCUAAAACAGGUAUUGCAAGGAUGUUAGUCACUGACAAAGGUGACUUGGCGUUAAACACAAGCACUGAAGAACAAGAGAUGGACCUAUACAAAAAUUACUCUCAAACCAUUCCUGUGAUGGAGGAGGGUGAGUGUUCUGCAUGUACAGAUCUGUCUGUUGAUUCUGAAAAUCAGCCGAGCGAGACGAAUUCAGAACGUGAACGCUCACUUCAGGAUGCCAAAAAAAAGCUGCUGUCGUUUGCUUUUAUUGAGUCUACGGAAAUUGAGCUCAAUGAACUCCAAGACAUGGCUGUGGCAGGAUUACCAACUGAAAGCCCUCCUGGGCCAGGUGAUAUACAGUUGGCUUCUCCCCUUGGUACUUCCAAGCAACUGUUAGCUGUUUCUACGACUUGUGGAAAUGUUGACCCUCUGGAUGCUGCUGAGCUGACUGCAGCAAGUACUUCCCAGCCUGACAGCUGCAAAGAACCUGAUAACCUCCCUACAGUUGUUUCUGAGGAUGUACCUUUGGUUGCUGCCCAUGGUGAUGUCGUAGAACUAGCUGUUCAAGAAACUGAAGGAUUCGCAAAGGAAAUAAAGAGGAGCUCUGACUCUGAAGAAGCAUUUGAGACCCCAGAGUCCACUACACCAGUAAAGGCUCCACCUUCACCUCCACAACCACCUCCCGAAGCAGCAGCAGCUGUUGUUGCAGAUGUAGCAGAACAAGAAAUAAGACCCCAGCUGCCCUCGGAAGACACAGGAUUAUGUUCAGAUACUGUAUCCAUAACUGAUGUGUCACACAGUGAAUCAAUUGAAGAAAGCCCUUUCCGUCCCCCUUCCCAUUCUUUUUCCACUGUCUUCGAUGAGGACAAGCCAAUAGCCAGCAGCGGAACUUACAACUUGGACUUUGAUAACAUUGAGUUGGUUGAUUCUUUCCAUGCCUUAGGACCGAGCUCUCCAGAAACUAAGAAUCGUGACCCCAAAGCGAAUGUACGAAGAAAGUCUACCGAUUCUGUCCCGGUUUCCAAAUCUACAUUAUCUCGGUCUCUUAGCUUGCAAGCUAGUGAUUUUGAUGGAGUUUCUUACCUUGGCAAUAAUGAGACACUAACACCGGCAGCAGAUGUAUACAGUACUGGUUCAAGUAGCGCUUCUAGUACCCUUAAGCGAACAAAGAAACCCAGACCAGCUUCCUUAAAAAAGAAGCAGUCAGCAAAAAAACCUGUAGAAGCUCCAUCAGUGAAGGAAACACCACAAGAACCGUCUGACAUUAGCGAAGCAGGUUCUGCCCCAGGUGAGGAAAAAGCAGUAUCUGAAACAAAUGUUGACACAGUGAAAUCUGAAUGUACUGAACCUUCUAAAAUCUCUGCUGAGAAACAGGAGGCCCCAGCUGUGCCUGAAGGAUCCCACCCUUUUGAUCCAGACAGUUUUGAAGGGAUUAGUGCAUUUAGCACCAGAGGCAGCAAAGUACAAAACUCGCCCCCUGCCAAUAAGAAAACACUACCUCUUACAACGGCACCAGAGGCUGUGGAGGUGACUCCACCUGACACUGGAGGACAAGAAGACCCUCCAGUCAAAGGCCCUGCAGUGAGGCUCGAAUUUGAUUAUUCUGAAGAAAAGAGUGCCAGUGAAGACCAGCAGGAGAGCACUCCUCCUCCCAAAAAAGUAGGUAAAAAGCCUGGUGCCAAAAUGCCGCUACGGAGGCCAAAGACUAAAAAGUCGGUGGAAAAGCUUGAAAAUGCUCCAACUACACCAACCCAGUCACCUGCUGAUCCAAACGACAUCCCUAUCACAAAAGGCUCUUACACUUUUGAUAUUGACAAGUGGGAUGAUCCCAAUUUUAACCCAUUCUCUUCUAGUACAAAAAUGCAAGAAUCUCCCAAACUGCCUCAACAAACCUACAGUUUUGAGCCAGACAUGUGCGAGGACUCUAUUGACCCUUUCAAGUCGUCUUCUAAGAUAGCCAGCUCACCUUCUAAAUCUCCAGCCUCUUUUGAGAUACCAGCCAGUGCCAAUGAAACAAAUGGAACGGAAGGAGAAAAUUUAAAUAAACCUGCAAAAAAGAAGAAGACGCCACUAAAGACUGAUACAUUUAGGGUGAAAAAAUCACCAAAAAGAUCCCCACUAUCUGAUCCUCCUUCUCAGGAUCCCACUCCGCUGCCUACUCCAGAAACACCUCCCAUCAUAUCCACCGUGGUUCACGCAACAGAUGAGGAGAAACUGGCAUCUUCAGUGACCAGCCAGAAAUGGACGUGCAUGACUGUGGACCUGAACACAGAUAAACAGGAUUACCCACAACCCUCUGAUCUGUCUACAUUUGUUAAUGAGACUAAAUUCAGCUCUCCUACAGAGGAAUUGGAAUAUGGCAACUCAUAUGAAAUAGAAUAUAUGGAGAAGAUAGGCUCCUCUGUGCCUCAGGAUGAUAGCACCCUGAAGAAACAAUCUUUAUACUUAAUGUUUGAUGCACAGCAAGAGAGCCCAGUCAAGUCACCUCCUGUCAGACUGUCUGAUUCUACAACGCCAUGUUCAGGGUCAAGUUUUGAAGACCCUGAAGCCCAGCAAUCCUCUGGAAUGAAAAUACAACAUCCAGCUUCCCGAGUGCUAGCUGCCAGUCAAGAGGCACACUUACAGUCACCUGACAAAUCAAAGCAGAAAGAUCUAGAGCCCAUGACUCUAGGAACAGUUUCAGAGACCAUUGAAAUAACAUCUCCUGAAGACUCCUUUGUCUCUGCUGAUGCUCUCCUCAAUAGGAUAUCUAAGAAAACCUCAAUAUGUGAUCAGCCUGAAUAUCUAGAUCCUGACUUAGCAGAAAAGAACCCUCCAGUAUUUGCUCAGAAACUUCAGGAGGAGUUAGAGUUUGCCGCAAUGAGGAUAGAAGCGCUGAAGUUAGCCAGGCAGAUUACACUGUCUUCCUUCUGCUCCUUAGAUGCCGAGAGAGAACCUGCCAUCCCAGCAGACGUUUCCAUCUCUAAAAGUGCACUCUACUCACGGAUCAGCACCUCAGAGGCAGAAAGCACCACAAGUCUUCUCUACCCCCAGCAAGACUUAGACUCUGCACUACGACUUGCCAGAGCAGAGAUUGCAGCCAAGGAAAGAGAAGUAGCUGAGUGGAAAGAGAAAUAUGAAGAAAGCAGAAGGGAAGUGAUUGAAAUGAGGAAAAUAGUUUCAGAAUAUGAGAAGACGAUUGCUCAGAUGAUAGAGGAUGAACAGAGAGAGAAGUCUGUGUCCCAUCAUACUGUUCAGCAGCUUAUAGUGGAGAAGGAGCAAGCUUUAGCAGAUCUGAACUCAGUGGAGAAAUCACUGGCAGAUCUGUUCAGGAGAUACGAAAAAAUGAAAGAAGUGUUGGAGGGAUUUCGGAAGAAUGAAGAAGUGUUAAAGAAAUGUGCACAAGAGUAUUUAUCCCGAGUGAAGAAAGAAGAACAGAGGUAUCAAGCUCUCAAAAUUCACGCUGAAGAAAAACUAGACAGAGCCAACGCUGAAAUUGCACAAGUGAGAGGGAAGGCUCAGCAAGAACAGGCAGCAUAUCAGGCCAGCCUUCGCAAAGAGCAGCUGAAGGUGGAUGCGUUGGAAAGAACACUGGAACAAAAGAAUAAAGAGAUAGAAGAAUUAACAAAGAUUUGUGAUGAACUGAUUGCCAAAAUGGGGAAAAGCUAACUUUUAACCAAAUUUCUGGACUUUGAUAUUGAGUGCAAUAUGAUCAUUGGCACACUGAUGUCCAUACAUUUAUGUGGACAGGUUAUAUUUUCACUUUUUCGUAUGCACUACUGUAUUUUCUUUCUAAAUAAAGUUGAUUUAAUUGUAUGCAGUACUAAGAUGACUAUCAGAAUUUCUUGCUAUUGUUUGCAUUUUCAUAGUAUAAUUCAUAGCAAGUUGAUCUCAAAGUUCCUGUAUCAGGGAGAUUGUCAAGUUCUCUAAUAAAUUACAAAUUGCUGAUCCUAGCCUUCCCUUUGUACAUGAGUUCCCAUGUUGGAUGUCUUUUGGAUUUAAUAUAAACAUGUAUUACUUGCAUGGGGACUCUUGCCUUAAGGAAUGUAAACUUUAUCUGCAUUUGCUGAUUUGUAAAAUAAAACUAAAAAUGAAAAAAAUUAAAAUGCAUGUCACUUAAAUGAAAUUCUCUAUUGUAAAUAAAUUUUUUCGUGAAAGUUGGACAUAA